AUGGCCAGCUUUGUCAAGGAUCUCAUCCGACAGUAUGAAGAAGCGCACCCACAUGCAGAUCCACGUACCCGCAACUGGUUCUUAGUCUCGGACUCUCCAUACCCAGUAUGGGCACUCACAAUAUUGUAUCUGACCUUCGUGGCUCUGGGACCAACCAUCAUGCGCAACCGCAAACCUUUCUCCCUCCAGGGGUUUAUGGUUGUCUACAACUUGGGCCUGGUUGCCCUAUCUAUCUACAUGUUUGUUGAGAUUUUACUGAGUAUAUGGGAUGCAGGCUAUGAUUUGGUUUGCGCUAAGUACAACAAAGACUCCAUAGCAGAUCCUAAAGAACUCAGGGUAGCAAAGGUGCUUUGGUGGUAUUUUUUUUCCAAGGCCAUUGAACUUCUAGACACAGUGUGCAUGAUUGCAAGAAAGAAGUUUGAACAAGUCACAUUUCUUCAUGUAUUCCAUCAUGCUAGCAUGCUGAACAUCUGGUGGUGGACAAUGAUGUUUAUACCAGGAGGGAUGUCCUGGUUUGGGAGCUGCAUGAAUUGUCUUGUCCAUGUAGUUAUGUAUUUAUAUUAUGGUCUUUCUGCCGUCCCAUCACUAAGGAGGAAAUUAUGGUGGAAACGAUACAUCACUCGAUUCCAGCUGCUUCAGUUCUGCAUCACCUUCACACAUACUGUCAAUUCCAUCCGUGUGGGGUGUGACUUCCCACGCUGGGGCCAGAACCUUCUAGCUGGCUACAUGGUAGGAAUGCUGAUCCUGUUUGGCAAUUUUUAUGUGCAAGCCUACAUCAGACGCUCCAACAAAGAUCCUGCCAUCUCAUCACUUGAAACCCCUGCUGCAGAAAAUGGUAGUGCCUUGAAUGGAAAACUGCAGCGAGCCAAUGGAGAGCUGGCGGAAGCUAAUGGCCAUGUGGCAUCUCCCUCACGCACCAAGAAAGAUUAA